AUGAUGACCUCAACGGCGAAGGUGCGAGCUGUGGAUGAGAGCAGCCCACUGAUCGUGUGGCACGAGAGCGAGAAAUGGAGCCUGACAGUCUGUCCCCAGUUCCAGAAAUAUGAAUUCGGUGACUGCACGGGCUCCCUGAUCUCACUGGGGGAGUACUCGGAGCAGCUGAAGGACAUGGUGACCUUCAUCUUAGACUGCAGCUUCUCCCUGGAAAGGGCCUUGGAGAAGGUGGGGCUCCCCCAGAGAGACCCCAAAGGUCUCAGCCACACAGGAGCAUACAAGACAGCAGUGCCUGGUGCCCCUGUGGCUGGUUUCUGCUGCCCUCUGGUGGCCACAGUGAGGCUUGUUCCCAAAGAGAAGCCGGAAAGGCUGCUGCAGGCCACUUGCUCCAAGGGAGGUGACCAAGGACAACCCUUUCACAUCGGUGACCCAGAACGGUUGGGAAUCAAAGCACUCUCCAGGCCUGACUAUGGGGAGCCCGUGGAGUGGCGGCCAGGGGACAGCCCAGUGUUCUGGCCUUCUCCACUGACCAGUCUCGAAGCUGUCAGCACCUGCAGUACCUUGGGGGCACAAGGGGGCACCUACUUCCGACCUAGGGCAGAGCCAAGUUGGGGCGUGGGUGCCAUCUUGCCAUCCACAGUGGGCAAAGACGAGAGUGGCCGGGCCCAGUCCUUCCUGUCGUGGGCUGCAAAGGCUCCAGUGGCUUUCACCAGCACUCCAGGACCCACGGUAACGACCGACAGCUGUCUCAGCCCUGAGGCAACCCCAGAGGUCCACCACGUUUCCCAAGACCCUCUGCACUGUAGCAUUGCGUCAGCUUCCGCUGUUCAGAAGAUCAGAGGACAGGAGGCGACCAUCUCCAUAGACCCAGGCCGACGUAACGUUGGCCAUCUCCUCUAGGCGGAUGAGCUGCUGAAGGCCUAUCUGUCACUGUCCCAUGCCCACUCGGUGCUGAUCACCACGGGGUUCCCCACACAUUUCAAUCGUGCAGAUGAGACAGAUGACCCGCUGGGAGCAAUGGCCCUGGGCACUUCCUGUGGCCUUGGGGUCUCCAGGGUGGUCGGCCAGAGAGCCUUGAGCUUGCACAGGAAGCUUGUUGAAGACGCUGUAGAGCAAGGUGAUCUGAAGACACUGAUCCCAAUGUUAACUUACCAAGGUGGAUCAGUGGAAGACGCUCAGGUCCUAUGCAAAAACGGGGACCCCAAGUCACCCAGAUUUGACCACCUGGUGGCCACAGAGUGCCGGGAGGGCUGCCGACAGCCAUACAAUGCCGGGAGGACGAACAUCAAGCACGUGGUGGAUGCCACUGACCACCUUUUCCUCGCAGCACAGAGGAUUCCUGGAGUGGGCAACGCUGAGGACUCCACCAAACCUCCUCUGGUCGGCCAGGAAGACAGUUCUGGAAAGGCAGCCUCAGAGGCCAUGCCUCCACCUGGCCUCCUAGAAGAUGGUGUGGGGGCCCUGAGGCUCUCAGAAGCUGAGCACCAGCCGGUUCCUAACCUGUUGGCUGACCACACGCACCUGGAGGACCCCAAGGCCCUCCCUGGGUCCCAGAAGAAAAAAAUUUUGGACAUCCUGAUGCAGCACAGAGUCUGGAGUGGAGGCUUGGGUGUCUUGGACAUGGAGGUGGACAGGCUCCCCUUCCACAGCGUCCACGCUGAGAAUCAGAAGCUGGUGGACACCACCAAAGCGCAUGUGUGGCCCUUAAUGUCACGGGCAUGCCAAGUCCCUCCCCAGUGGCCUGCAUCCAGAGUUCCCCGAGACCCCAGCUUCUUCCCACGGCAGCCUUGCAGGUCAACACUGUCCUGGGCGAGCCACAAGCUCACCACGGGCCCAGGAAGCUGCAAGUCCACUUCCCAGGAGGAGAUAGUACCAGGAGGGACAUUUCUCUGGGCUCCCAGUCUCUGCUUUGGUUCCUGGUGACUUGGCACAUUCUCUCAACCCUCCUCCACACCGGCUGCUCCAGGCUCCCAUGCCAAGUCCACCCAGAGAAGCUUCUUGCCUGUCAUUUAGGAGGACCCCAGUGAAUGACUUAUUGCUUUGAGGCUUUAGGGAAGGAUUACUCACCACCCACCCAAAUAUUUAUGAUUUUAAAAUGCUCUUUUUCAAAUAGCGUUUUGUUUACUCAGGCAAGAGAUUCCUCCAGCCAUCACCUCCCAGGUUGUCUUGUCCCCUUCACCCCUGACACUGCCACCUCCUCCCCAUCUCCUCACCCCCACCCCUGAGCAGGGCCCCUUGGCCUCCCUGCACUGUAGGGCAGUUCACCCCUGGAGCCCAAGGGUGCUCAGGGCCCAGGGCGCAGGCCUGUCAGAGUCCUCCUGGACAGCUCUGAUCAGCCCACCCUACCCCUCUCUCAACUCCAGCUGCACAUUUUCCAACAAAGUCAGAAACUGAGUCACCAACCAUAUCCCAUUAUACUCUCGCAUCUUGGACCAGGACAGCUUCUUGUGUGGGACCCUGCUGAGUGACACUGACUCAUUCAGAUUGGGGGGAGGGGCAUAUGGCCACCCAGAUGCCUCCCAGUGUUUG